GCGGGGCGCGGGGGGCUGGGCCAGUGCGCGUGCUGCAGCGCAUGCGCGGGAGGCGCGAUGGGGCUGCUGGCGCGCGGUGACGGCCCUCCGCGCGCCGCGGCCGUUGGUGGGGGGGCCGCUUUCCUGGACCAGACCGGAACGGGCAGCGCCGGCAGCUGGGCGCGCGGAGCCGCGGCGAGGCGGGGGUGAGUGGGAGCCGUCCGGGCCCUUGGAGGCGGGUUGCCUCGGCGUCCCGCGCGGGGCGCGGCGCGGACGCGUGCUAUGGAGGUCGCGCCCUUAAAGCUGCUCCCGCUGGAUCCGGGCGAUGAGAGCACCCAGAGGUGCAGGGUGGGGCCUGCCGCCCUCUCCUUCCUGGGAGCCAGGAUCGGCGCCCCGCUGCGGGUCACCCUGCCCACCGGCUGCUGCUUGUGCACGGCUUGGCCCAGGCACGAUUUGGCGGACGGCUACCUGCAGGUCGAUCUGACGUGCAGAACGGCAGGUUUAACCGUGCAGGAGCUGAAAAAUCUCACGGUGAACGUCAGCCAGCUGAAGCUUUUGGCAUAUCAUCAGUUAAAGAAAGCAACUGUGAGAGUAAUCCUUAAGAACUCCGCACUGAAAAAGUCCACCCCCAGAGCGGUGUUGCAGGAGAUAAUCAAAGAACUGCUAAGAAAUAUUUAUGUUUCGCUUCAUUACACUGUCACAGUUGCUCCAGUUCUUGAAAAUCCAGUGGUGUAUAUUGAAAUACUCUCUCUAGACCCUUUGACAGAUGAAGCUGGACUAGUAACCCCCCAAACAAGCAUAAAAAUUAAAGAGGUCGUCACUUUAGAAUGGUACAGGCAUUUAUCAGAAGAUGCUGUGAAAAUUUCAGUUGCAGGACUAGAUGAUGUGGGAGUGUCUUUGAAAGAAAUGGUUGAUUUGCCCUUCCGUUUUCCAAAAACUUUUAAGAAGCUGGGACUUUCUGUUCCUAAUGGAGUGCUGUUAGUAGGCCCUCCAGGGGUAGGGAAAACACUUAUGGUAAAGGCAGUAGCAAAAGAAGUGGGUGCCUAUCUGCUUUGCAUCGGCGGCCCAGCCCUGUAUGGUUCAAGACCCGGAGAAAGUGAAGAGAAUUUGCGAAGAGUUUUUGAAAAGGGCAGAGAAAUGUCCUGUGAAGGACCAACCAUUCUCUUUAUUGAUGAAAUUGACUCUUUAUGCCCCAAGAGAGGAAGUUCAAACAAUGCUCCUGAAGAUCGUAUUGUUGCUCAAUUGCUAACAUUACUGGAUGGUGUAGGUAGUGAAGAUAAGAUGGUCAUUAUGGCAGCAACAAACAGGCCUGAUGCCUUAGAUCCUGCACUGAGAAGACCUGGCAGAUUUGACAGAGAGGUUAUUAUUGGGACACCAACAUUUCUGCAGAGAAGAUCCAUCCUGCAGUUGCUUACAUCUAGUAUGCCAAUUUCUGCAGAUGUUGAUUUGGUUAAACUGGCAGAAAUGACAACUGGGUAUGUUGGAGCUGACCUUACUGCACUCUGCAGAGAAGCUGCUAUGCAGGCUGUGUUCCGAAGCUCUCUGGGUUCAACUGAAAUAAUGAUUAACAUGGCAGGUUUCCAAGAAGCUUUUAAAAACAUUCAGCCAUCCUGUUUUCGAGGUGCUAUUGGACUGACAGAGUGUAAACCUGUUACGUGGGAGCAAAUUGGUGGUCUUGAAGAUGUGAAACUAAAGUUAAAACAGAGUAUUGAGUGGCCUAUGAAGUUUCCUCAGGCUUUUGCUAGGAUGGGCCUGUCUCACCCAAAGGGUAUUCUUCUCUAUGGGCCAUCAGGGUGUGCCAAAACCACACUGGUGAAGGCUGUAGCUACAAGUUGUCACUGUUCCUUUCUCUCUGUAAGUGGUGCUGACCUUUUCUCACCUUAUGUUGGGGAUUCAGAGAAGAUUCUGUCUCAGGUUUUUCGACAAGCAAGAGCGAAUACUCCGGCAAUAAUAUUCCUGGAUGAGAUAGAAUCAAUCUUGGGAUCUCGGUCACACUGUAAAACUGGCCAUGGUGUCUCAGAGCGAGUUCUUUCUGUUCUUCUCAAUGAGUUGGAUGGCAUUGGACUGAAAGUCACAGAAAGAAGAGGAAACAAACUACAGCUUGAGGGUGAAUGUCAGGAACAAAGUGAUGAGGAGAGGAAGCUAGAGUUUCAAGAAACUUUGAACAGUGACUUCAUGAUAGUUGCUGCAACAAAUAGACCAGAUAUGUUGGAUGAUGCUUUGUUGCGUCCUGGAAGGCUAGACAAGAUGAUCUAUAUUCCACCUCCAGACCUGAAGGGAAGGCUUUCUGUUUUGAAAAUCUGCACAAAAAAAAUUCCACUAGAUACUGAUGUGUCAUUACAAGACUUAGCACUCCAAACAGACUUCUUCUCUGGAGCUGAUAUUGAAAAUCUGUGCAAGGAGGCUGCUUUGUUGGCGUUGCAAGAGAAUGGACUUGAAGCAACUACUGUUAAACAUGAGCACUUUGUAAAAUCAUUGAGGACUGUAAAACCAUCCUUAAACAUCAAAGACUUGGAUUUUUAUGAAAAAUUUUAUAAUCAAACAUUCACCUCUUGAAUCAAAAAAGUGACACAGUAUAAGUAUUUUUAAAUAUAUCACAAACCAAGCCAAAGCAAAUGAGAUUUUACUUUAUUCUUCAGUAUUGAGAUCACAAGCAAAAUUUUAUUGUAAGUACAGUACUAAAAAGGCAGGAAAGUGAUACUGCAAAUAUCAGUCUUUAUAUCUGAUGAAACUGGUAUUGGAGGGGCUUAGAGCAUUGUGGAACAGCAAAGUGGUUCUGUAGAUUUCCUUGUUCUCAGUACAAACUCUGGAAGAAUAAGAAUAUUUAAUUUGAAAACAUGUUGUGAAGCCUCCAAAGCACACCAAAUAUUUAAAAUUUAAAAAAAAACAGAAUGUGGAAUAUGAGGAAAAAGUCCUCCAUAGUUUCUGUGCUACAUUUAAUAUAACUUUUUAUAGUAUGUAUCUACAGGCUUUCUUUCUGGAAAGCAGAUUGCAAAAUAUACUUCUAAUGAAACAGC